AUGACAUUUGCCUGCUCCAGCGUGUGUGAGUUCGCGGCCACAGAGCAGGUCCGAGCCCGCUACUACGAGCACCUCCAGAGCCACCACAAGAAACACAAGCUCACUGCUGGGAAUGGCCCAUGUUUUGCGACCCUGGCAACCCUCAUCCCCCUCCAUCACGGAGCAGCCAUGGAGGAAGAAGAUCUGCCUGAUAUUUUAUGCCAACCGCUAGAAGCAGCACCCAAAAAUGCUACGAUCAGAGUUCGUAUUGUUGGUCAUCGACGCUUUUUGCUACAACCGCUAGCGUGUUUUGCUGCCAUGGUUGUAGCAUGUGUGGCGGUGUUGGUCGACGACAUGCGAAGACUUUUUGUUGCUGUAACCGAGGGAGGUGAUGCUAGUGGAAGAUCUAGGAGUGAGAAGAAGUGCAGGAAAUCCAUGGAGAGGCUUGGCAUGAAGGCCAUUACUGGUGUGAGUAGUGUAACUAUCAAGCUGCAGAGCAAGACCGCUACGUUUGUCCUCUCCAAGCCAGACGUCUUCAAGAGCUCGCACUCAGAAACCUAUGUCAUGUUCGGGGUGGUCAAGAUGGAGGACAUGGACGCUCAGCUGCUGACAGAAGCGGCGGGGAAGUUCAAGGCGCCGGGACCGGGCAGCGUCAUCUCAAAGGGUGAGCCGUCCGUGGCAGCAGCCCAAGACGACGAGGAGGUCAACGAGACGGGCGUUGACAACAAGGAUCUUGAGGUCGUGAUGGUGCAGGCCUCUGUGUCGAGGUCCAGGGCUUUGAAGGCGCUCAAGGCUGCAGAUGGUGACAUUGUCAGCGCCAUCGUGGAGUUGACUAACUAG